AUUUACAUUAACAUUAUCAAGGCUAUAUUUUUUAAUGUCCUUUCAAUUAUGAAGGAUGGUUUUAUGUUUUCACUGACAUAUCAGACAGCAUAGCCCUAUAUUAACUAGAUAAUUCACCUGUAAAAUGAAAAUUCUUUCAUUAUUUACAUCCCUGGCCUAUUUUCAAACCUGUAUGACUUUCUUUCUUCUGCAGAACACAAAAUGUCGGUAACAGCUAUCGGUGGGUACCAUUGGUUUUGUGUUCAAACAAUAGAAGUCAAUGGGGAAGAUUUUUGGUUACAAACAUUUUUCAAAAUAGCUUUUUUUGGUGUUUUGCAGUUAAAAAUGACAACAGGGUGUGUGAAUGACGAAAAAAAAACAUUUUGAAGAAGAACAAUUCCUUUGAACUUCAUUCUUAUAUAGUUCAGAUCUGGAACCAGAGUCGUUUUGCCUCUGAAUUUUUUUUAUAGAGCCAAAUAAAGAUCUCAAAGCGCACAUCGUGUCCAGCAGAGGGCGAUACAUAGUCUUAAAUAAACUUUAGUUGACUGGCACUUCUUCUACAACAUUGUGCAACACAGUAUCAACCACAUGAUGUCAGGAAUGCACACUAAAGUACUGUCUGUUAAUUUCAGAGUAAAUGCAGCACACUCUUUUAUACACGCAUUAUAACAGCAUAGAAAGUGGGACAGCUGUGGCCAUUGCAUUUCAGAAGGAUCAAAAAUGUGUUACUUUUCUAAUAUUGUAGCGUCUAAUUGGAGUUCAGAUAUGCCAUUGGCCAGCACACAAUGUUCUGACAUAGCUUGUAAAAGCUACAAUUGCAUUUAAUUGAGUAGCUCUUUUCUGUAAUCCAGAGCAAUCCUAAAAAGCCAUAAAGCAGUUCCAAGCUUUCUUCUCUGCUGGAGCUCAAGGAAAGCCAGUGCUUUAUUACACCCCUAGAGAUCCAGCUGCUUGCCAUAUGUGUGAUAGGGUCACUGAGUCCAUUAGGCAGCACUAUACUGCUAGCAUGCUUGUGAGCUACCGUGAGAUGGAACAUAUAAAGGAACACUUGUUUCUUUCACCAAUACUUUCCAGAAGCUUCGAGAGACUCUUCUGGUUGAAGAUGGAUGUAGUGUGAAAAUGCUGAGGAAAGCCCUUCUGUGGAUGAGAAUGAUAUGAGAGGGUGUGCCUGAGCCUAAUCCUGUUAUUCCAGCCUUCUUAAUCCAGUAGAGCUAGUCAGUCUUUAAAGCUUUUUCGCCACCUGCUGUGACAACGAACACUCUAACAUAAACGUCUCAUACACGUAUACAUCUACAAACGCAGACAUACACUGGACAUCAUGGAGGACAGCAUGAUGCUAGGGGUUGAAGGGAUCAGGAAGACCAUCUUGCAUGGAGGGACUGAUGAGAUGCCCAGAUUUGUCACAGGAACUAAGGUGACCUUCCAUUUCCGCACCCAGCUCUGCAAUGAUGAGCGCACAGUCAUAGAUGACAGUAAGAAGGUAGGUACGCCUAUGGAAGUGGUCAUCGGGAACAUGUUUAAACUAGAUGUCUGGGAAAUUCUGCUGACGUCCAUGAGGAUAGGGGAGGUGGCCAAGUUCUGGUGUGAUGUCAUGCACACAGGGUUGUAUCCCAUAGUGGCGAAGAGUCUGCGGCGCAUUGCAGAUGGAAAGGAUCCAGUAGACUGGCAUAUUCACACCUGCGGCAUGGCCAAUAUGUUUGCAUAUCACAGUUUGGGCUAUGAAGAUCUGGAUGAACUUCAGAAGGAACCACAGCCUCUCUACUUUGUUAUGGAACUUCUAAAGGUUCAACAGCCGAGUGAAUAUGACAGAGAGUCAUGGGCUCUGAAUGAUGAAGAGCGACUUAAGGCAGUACCUGUGCUUCACGGUCAAGGGAACAAGCUUUUCAAACAGGGCCGUUUCGAGGAUGCCACAAUGAAAUAUAAGGAAGCCAUCGUGUGCAUCAAGAAUGUGCAGUCAAAGGAGAAGGCAUGGGAAGCUCCCUGGCUUAAACUGGAGAAGAUGGCCAACACACUCACUUUAAACUACUGCCAGUGUCUGCUGCGCAUGGAGGAGUAUUAUGAGGUCAUCGAACACACAUCUGACAUCAUCAACCAACACCCCGGGACAAUGAAAGCCUUCUUUCUGCGUGGUAAAGCGCACAUGGAAGUGUGGAAUGAAGCAGAAGCAAGAGCUGAUUACAUAAGAGUGCUGGAUCUGGAUCCGGGAAUGAAAAAGACGGUAAAGAAAGAGCUAGCAGUUCUCAAAAUGCGUAUGGACUUAAAAAAUGAGGAGGACAGAUUGACGUACAAGGGGAUGUUCACAAAACUAUCGGAAGGACAAGAGACUCUGGAGCAAGAGCUUCCAGAAAAAGAGAUACUGGAGCAACCAUCUCCAGAACAAGAUGGAGCACCACUGGAAGAAACAUAUGAAGAACAAAUCAAUCUAGAACAAGCAAGUUUAUUGCAAACAACUCUGGCAAACAUGCUUUUGGAAACAUCAGAGCAAACGGAUUCAUCACGAGCAGCUGACAUGACUCCAGAAAACGUGAUUCCAGAAGAAACUAGCAGAGAACAAGCUAACACAGAAGAAAGAAAUGCUGUAGACAUGAUUCUAGAGCAAUCACCUUCUGAACAAACACCUCCAGAGGAAAUAAGUCCAGAACAAGCAGUGCAAGAACCAAUGUCUUCAGAACAAAUGACUCUAAAUUAAAGUAUUUCAAAUAUUUUCUCUAGAAAAAGAACGAGGCUUUAGGAUAUGAACACAUUUAAAGCCUGA